AUGAAGACCACUUUCAUCGCCAGCCUUUUUGCCUUUGCGGCCCUUGCACUUGCCACACCCGCUCCUCAGGAGGUCUCCAUCUCCACGAUCUCCAAGGAAGAUUCGGCGGCACUCAAGAAGGGACCCAAAGAUGACUCUUCCUGGUCAGGUCUGGAUGACUCCCAAGCCAGAUCAGUCUGCAACUCCUGGCGCAAUAUCUAUGGCAAAGGGAGCAAGUAUAAGGACACCUGCAACAGCAUCUUGACCAAUGACUUCGAGGCAUACUCGUGCUCGACACAGACAACUUGGGGCAAGAGGCCAACCAGCAACUGCCAACUCUGCAACUCCCGCGACGUCUUCACCAACGACAUUCUUAGCUCGCUGCCCAAGCUCGCAGAAGCCAAAAUCCUCAGCUACUAUUACACCAAGAAAACCGUCAUUCUCUAUGCCAACAUCCGCUUCCAGAAGAGCAGGGACUUCGUCGCUGUGAUCUUCAUGAUCACCACCGAGUGGAGCAAGAAGAAGGGCGUGCAGAUCAGCAAGAUUGAGUAUGAGUACGAUACUUUGGAUUAUGUCACCAACUAUGACUCCAAGAAGAAGUGCUCGGCGCUGCCUUUCAAGGGCAAUUGGUGA